GUAUCCAUCAAGCUUCAGCAUCAUUACAACUUCCAGCAAUUUACCAACUCACACUAUUCCCAAAUUCAUAAACAAGAUGCGUUUCUCUGCCUUUUUUCUCUCUACCCUCGCGGCUCUUGCCAGCGCUGCUCCCAACGAGCUCAUUGCCCGCAACAAUGAUCAAGUCAUCGCUGCCAUCCAGUUCGCCGCCGCCGCCGAUGAUUGCAGCAUCAUCAAGUGUGCGGAGGUCAUCGCCAAUGUUGCCUGUAUCGCCGCUGCGAUUGUCGCUGAACCUGAGACUGGGGGCACUAGUACCGCUGCUGUGAUUGCUUGUGUCAGCAAAGGGUUGGGUGAAGUUUGCCAAUGCGGCGCUUGUGUUCCCGGUCUAUCAGACUUCCUGACCAACAAUAAAGUCUGCUAG